GAGUCUUUUCUUUUAUUGUGAAAGUGCAGACUGUCUGAUGGUUUUGGAGGGUUUUGGAUCAGCUGUUUGACUCUCCUGGUCGUUUAUUGAAGGUUUUAACAGGUAACAGGAGCGACAGGUGAACACUGACUCACCUGGCAGCGUCAUCAUCACCCUGGAGACCAUAUUAGACUUUCAGUCAGAAAGGGUGUCAUGAUGUGAAGAUGUCUUCAUUAGUGGCUUAUGAUGAUUCAGAAUCAGAAGAUGAUCCGGAUCAAACGGAGGAGGGACCAUCAGCUUCUCUUCAAACUGGAUCUUUUGAUAAAAAAGCAGAAGUCAGGAUGUUCACUUCCUCUAAAGUUACAGCGAACCCUCACAGCUUCACAUUUAACCCCGACAGCUCAGAGCGUCAUGGAAACGUCUCGGACAGAAUCAGUCCACGUCCACAGCCUCAGAGCUGGAUCGGAACAGGGACAGAAGAACCAGAAGAACAUUUCAGAGAUCCUUCAGCUGGGACUCGGGGGAGAACCUCGUCUCUGAGGACUCUUCCUCAAAGUUUAUUUAGCGACGGGUUGAAAAGACCCCACCGCCCCGUCCCGCCUGGUGUCAGACCCUACGUCCCCAAGAGACAGAGACGUCCCCCUUCAGUAGAGACGCUGGACCCCAAACACCCAGCGGAGCCAGAACCUGGGACCCAGACCCGGGAGAGCCAGAUCCUCUCAGACGUGUCUGAUAAAGUGAAGCCGUUUCUGUCCCAGGAGCCUCAGGCUGCAGGGAUCCCCAGGAGGCUCCUGAUGAGUCUGGGGGGCCCCCAGGGGGCCCACCAGGGGCCCGUCAACACGGUGCAGUGGUGUCCAGUUCCUCAGCUCAGUCACCUGCUGCUGUCCGCCUCCAUGGACAAGACCUUCAAGGUGUGGGACGGAGCAGAGAGUGGGCGGUGCCUGCAGGUGUACAGCUGCCAUGGUGGAGCGGUGCGUGCCGCCUGUUGGAGCCGCUGCGGGAAACACCUCCUCACCGGCUCCUUCGACAACACGGCCGUGAUCACAGACGUUCAGACAGGGCAGCAGCUGGUGAAAUGUGACAACCAGUUCAGAGUGAUGUGUGCCGUUCUGCAUCCCAGCAGCCCCGACGUCUUCCUGUGUGGAGGCUUCAGUCCGCUGGUCAAAGCCUGGGACUCCCGCUGCUGCAAGGUGGUGAAGGUGUACAGAGCAGGGAUCCAGCAGACCCUGGACCUCCUGUUCCUCAGAGCUGGUCUGGACUUCAUCACCAGCUCUGACUGUGUGAGCCGAGACUCUGCAGACCGGACCCUGAUCGCCUGGGACUACCAGACCACCGCCAAGCUCUCCAACCAGAUCUACCAGGAGCGCUUCACCUGUCCCAGCCUGGCGCUGCACCCUGUGGAGGAGUCCUUCGUGGCCCAGACUAACGGGGACUACGUGGCCCUGUUCUCCUCCCAGCAGCCCUACAGGAUGAACAAGAGGAGGCGCUACGAAGGACACAAGGUGGAGGGCUACGCGGUGCGCUGUGACUUCUCUCCCGAUGGAUCCCUGCUGGCUUCAGGCAGCUCCAGCGGCUCGGUUCACUUCUACGACUACCACAACGCUCGGCUGCUGCAGAGCCUCCCGGCCCACAGACAGCCCUGCCUGUCUGUCUCUCAGCAUCCUGUCUUACCCUCUACUGCUGCCACCUGCGACUGGGCCGGAGAGGUCAAGGUCUGGCACUGAGGACCCACAUCAACAAGUAAAACAGGCCAAGAGACUCGACUAUACUUACUUAGUUAGUUAGCCUACCAGCCCAGCUGUGGACAGAGGCCACAAACAAAGGCUCUCCAGUUGUCUCGGUCCAGCUGUCUCCAUGUACGGCCAGAUCUCUUCACAUCUGUCCCAGGUCACGCCGCCAACUGGUUCUUGUUCUGCCUUGUAGAACCUGAUAAUGUAAUAAAUUCCCAAUAAUGUAAUAACCCUGAUAAUGUAAUAAAAAUCUGCACUUGAGUCCAUUUCAUUUUCCCAAUAAUGUAAUACACUUUUUACCAAUAAUGCAAUAAUGUAAUAAAGUAUAACAUUAAUGGGAGGUUAUUACAUUAUCAGGUUAGCCUUCAUUUCCCAAGUCCUGAUAAUGUAAUAAUUCCCCAAUAUUGUAAUAAUUUUAACAGCAGACCACCAUUACUUGAGUUCAAGUGGUGAUACUGUGUAUCAACUCUAGCUCAAGAGCUCUAGCGCCACCAACAGGUCAAAGUUGAAUAUUUAUUCACUUUUGACUAACUUUUGAUUAUCCUGAUAAUGUCAUAACCUCCUAUUAAUGUUAUACUUUAUUACAUUAUUGGUAAAAAGUGUAUAACAUUAUUGGGAAAUACACUUUAUUACAUUAUCGGGAAGGUAUUACAUUAUCAGGUUUUAUUACAUUUUCAAUGGGCUCAAGUGCAGAUUUUUAUUACAUUAUUGGGAAUUUAUUACAUUAUCAGGUUCUACAAGCCUCUCUUCCUUUUUCCGUGUGGAUUCCAUAAGAGGGCGUCUGGUGGAAUCAGAUGCAGGCCAGUCCUUUUCCAGCGUCUUCUCCUGAUCUCCUCCUCAACAGGCUCCUGGUCUGUUUGGUGCCGUAGCUCCAGGUUGCUGAUUUUCUUCGGUGUAUUUUAAGGAUUGCUCUGAGACCGGUGUUUAUAAAAGACUGGAUUAUCUUUGUAGUGGUGACAAUUGUUCUCCAGGUCUCUGAUCCAUACAGAAGAACAGGUUUCACCAUGGAAUUAAAGAUCCUAACCAAGAGACGGCUAUAUUAAAUAAAGUUGAUUUGAGUAUUAAAGUGAAAACUUGUGCUCAUCCUUCUCAGAUACUUUGUCUUCACUAAUCUCUUGGCAUAAGAUGAUAAGAACUAAGCCAAGUCAGCAGAUCUACUAUCUACUGACGCCCGACUGGAAAACACUUUUUACUCUUGCAAUGCUUUCACAUUAUGAAAAAAUCACCCACAUCUUCAUUCCAUCCAUGAAAAAAAAUGUGUAAGUUGUAGAGGAGCAACUUCAUGAAGGCUGCAGUGAAAAUGUAGUGCUGCUAAUCUGGGCUACAACUACUGCUAUUACUGCCAAUGAACAACGUGAAACUGCCAAAAAAACCCACAAAGUGAC